CCUACAUCAUAAAAGCAUCAGCGGGGCCUGGGCUGCAUUGCAGUGCUGACAAGUCGACGCCUUCAUCACACUUCAUCACAGAGAGACAGACAGCGGCAAAACAGCCCCAAAACAGCGUUGUCAUGCUGCUCCUAGCUCUGCUCUUCGUGUCCUCAGCUGUAGCCUCCCCUCUGCUGGGCACUGAGCAGUGUGCUCGUGGCCCCCCCUACUGGUGCCAGAAUGUGAAGACUGCGUCCCUGUGUGGAGCCGUGACUCACUGCCAACAGAACGUAUGGAACAAGCCCCAGAUGAAAUCUGUGCCAUGUGAGCUGUGUAAGGAAGUGUUGGCUGUGGUGGAACAGCUGCUGAAGGACAAUGCUACUGAGUCUGAGAUCCUUGGGUACCUGGAGAAGGCUUGUCAGCUCAUUCCUGAUCGUGGCUUGACUGCAGAGUGCAAGGAGAUGGUGGACAGCUACUACCCUAUCAUCGUUGGAAUCAUAACUGGAGAGCUGGAGGAUCCUGGUGUGGUCUGUGCAGCCCUGAGCCUCUGUCGCUCUCAGCAGUCAGCCCUGGCCCAGGUCCAGGAGCAGCUCCUGUCCAAUGAGAUUCCUCAAGUUGACCUUUCCCAGCAAGUGGCCCCCUUCCUCCUCAAUGUGCCCCAGCUCCUCUACCCCCAGGAAAGCUCCAAGCAGGAGGCCCCCAAACAAGAGACUCCAAAGGAGGAAAAUAAUGACGUGUGCCAGGACUGCAUCAAGUUCCUGACUGACACUCAAGCAGAGGCCAAGGCCAACUCUUCAUUUGUCAACGCUCUCAUUGCGCGUAUUGAGAAGCAGUGUGACCUGCUGGGGCCUGGCAUGUCUGACCUGUGCAAGCAGUAUGUCAGCGAAUAUGCUCCUGUUGUGGUUCAGCAGCUCAUGUCUAUGGAACAGCAACCUAAGGAUAUCUGUGCCAACGCCGGCUUCUGCGAGAAGAAGUCCUUUCCCAUGCUGAAGCUGCAGGCUGCCAAGACGAUCCCUGCUGCCAAGACUGUACCUGCCCUCAAGGUGCUCCCAGCCACCAAGGUGGAAUCUGCAAAGCAAAUGGUGCGUGUCAGAGACUCCCCCCAGUGCGCCAUCUGUGAGUUUGUGAUGAAGCAACUGGAGAGCAUGUUGGAGGAUCAGAAAACAGAGGAGGAAGUGAUCCAUGCUGUGGAGAAUGUGUGCACACUGCUGCCCUCCUCUCUGACUGCCCAGUGUCAGGACCUGAUUGAGGCCUAUGGCCAGGCCAUCAUCGAGCUGCUCGUGCAGCAGGCUGACCCCAAGACUGUCUGCACCGUGCUGGGACUCUGCAAGGAUGCUAGCCGCGCAUAUAUCCCUGUAAUGGACCAAGCUCGCUUCAAGGCCGGUGGUUUCUGUGACGUAUGCAAGAUGGCUGUCCGCUACAUUGACGGCAUCCUGGAGCAGAAUGCUACUGAGGCAGAGAUUGAAGAUGCUGUGAGAAAAGUUUGCAACUUCCUGCCAGAGUCUGUCCGGACUGAGUGUGACCAGUUGGUUGAACAAUACGAGCCAAUGCUUGUCCAGCUGCUACUCCAGAUGCUGGACCCAGACUUUGUGUGCAUGAAAGUGGGGGCUUGCCCUGAAGCUCUGCACAGACUGCUAGGAACAGAGCAAUGCAGCUGGGGACCUGCCUUCUGGUGCAAGAACAUGGAGACAGCAACCCGAUGCAAUGCUGUGGCUCACUGCAAACGUCACGUGUGGGUAUAGAGAAGAAGAGGACCAGUACAAUCUGACCUUUAGGGAAUUAAAGAUAAUACUGUAGCGCUGCUUCCCAGUUUUAAUAAAUUUGUCCUGUUUUCCUUUUUUAAAACAAAUAGACUCAAAGAACUGCAGUUUGUGUAAAUUAACUUGAUAUUUUGAAUGGCAAUAUGAGGGAAAGGGACUGGACUAACUUUUUUUGGGGGGGGGGGGUGAAUAAAUGUAUAGUGGCUUAAGGCUCAGUCUGUUUUUAGUUGCGUCACUUUGAGCAGAUGUCACAAAACUUCACUGUAGGGCUUUGCAAAUUUGCAUCAUUUAGAGAGUACUGAUUUAUACUGGGUGUCGGGUAUGGUCUAUGUAGAAUCACAAAUGUUGAUGUCAAAUGUUGCACAAAGCAGGCAGAGUUAGAUGGCUGCUGUGUGUGAUGCAUGGGUCUCCAGGCACAUUUGCUCCCUUCUCCCUGGAGGAACUGAUGGCAGAAAGAGGGGAAACCUGCUCAGUGUGUUGACCACGCCUGGUGUUACUUGUAACAUUCUGCCUGAUCCUAGAAAUUUUUUUUUGUAGACAAUGGUGAAUUAUAUUUUGUUUGUGUGUGUGUGUGUGUGUCAUAAGGAGCAGAUGUUGGAGUAAAGAUUGUAUUGUAUGUACUUUCCCAUUCACCUCCCUUGUUUGUGCUCUCCACUCAAUUUGAAAAUCAGUGCAUUUCUAACGUACUGGAAGCAUCUCACACAAUCACUGUCUGCUUCAUACCUUGAGCAAGUUGGUGAUCUGUUAAAUUUUUAACAAUUGAAAUAAAGUGAUCCAAAUCUACUUCAA